CUCGUCAGCAUGUGCGAGGAGAGGGCCAGGAUGCUGCAGGAGCAGUUCGGCGUCACCGUCAACCACGUCCACGCGCUCGCCAUCCUCAUCUCCACCUUCCACUUCGAGAAGAACCCCUCCGCCCUCGACCAGGAUACUUUUGCGAAGUACACGGCAAGGACAUCAUUCGAGCGUCCGCUGCUAAAUGGGGUGGCUUACGCACAGCGCCUCUUCCCUCACGAGAAGGAAACGUUUGAAAGACAGCAUGGAUGGAUUAUGAGGACUAUGAAUCGAGAGGCUGCACCUCUCCAAGAUGAGUAUGCCCCGGUGAUUUUCUCCCAGGAUACGGUCUCCUACCUUGCGCGCAUGGACAUGAUGUCUGGGGAGGAGGACCGAGAAAACAUCUUGCGUGCGAGGGAAACUGGCAAACCUGUGUUAACAAACCCAUUUCGGCUUCUUGGGUCGAACCACUUGGGCGUAGUACUCACUUUUGCAGUGUAUCGCCCUGAUCUACCUGCUGAUGCAUCAGUUGAGCAACGUGUGGAAGCAACUGCUGGCUAUCUUGGUGGAGCUUUUGAUGUGGAGUCACUUGUGGAAAAUUUGCUGAGUAAACUUGCUGGCAAUCAGGAUAUAUUGGUGAAUGUGUAUGACGUCACAAAUGCUUCAGAGCCUAUGGCCAUGUAUGGAUCUCAAACUCCAGAUAAUAAAGUGGACCUCUUGCAUGUUAGCAUGCUUGAUUUUGGAGAUCCGUUUAGGAAGCAUGAAAUGAGGUGCAGGUAUGGGCAAAAGCCUCCAUUGCCGUGGUCUGCUAUUAGUAAUCCUAUGGGCUGCUUUGUCAUAUGGAUGCUUAUUGGGUAUAUAAUUUGUGCUGCAUGGUCUCGGUAUGACAAAGUUUCAGAGGAUUGUAGGAAAAUGGAAGAGCUCAAAACUCAAGCAGAAGCUGCUGAUAUUGCAAAGUCUCAGUUUCUGGCAACUGUAUCUCAUGAAAUUAGAACUCCUAUGAACGGCGUCCUUGGGAUGCUGGACAUGCUUUUGGGGACAGAUCUGACUAUGACUCAGAAAGAUUUUGCUCAGACCGCUCAGGAUUGUGGCAAAGCAUUGAUAAUACUGAUAAAUGAUGUCCUUGAUCGAGCAAAGUUUGAAGCUGGAAGGUUGGAACUUGAGGAAGUGCCUUUUGACUUGCGAACGCUGACGGACGAUGUGAUCUCCUUGUUUGCCUCAAAGUUAAGAGCGAAGUGCAUAGAGCUUGCAGUGUUUGUGAGUGACGAUGUUCCAAAACUUGUCACCGGAGAUCCUUGGAGAUUUCGACAGAUACUGACAAAUUUAGUGGGCAAUGCAGUCAAAUUCACAGAACGGGGCCAUGUUUUUGUGCGGGUCUCUCUGGCUGAGAACUCAACUAUGGAAGCUAAACGAGCCCCCAAUGGAAACCUCAAUGGGAAAGAUUGUAAAGUUGAGCCUACAGCUAAUGGUGCCUUCAAUACUUUGAGUGGGUUUCAAGCUGCGGAUGAACGAAAUAGCUGGGAAUAUUUUAAGCUGUUGCUCUCUGAUAAGGAGUUACUUUCUGAUGAGCUCGAGGGUAAAAAAUCUAGCCAAAAUGAUUCCGAUCACGUGACCUUGAUGAUAAGCAUUGAGGAUACAGGUGUUGGUAUCCCACUGCAUGCACAAGAUCGUGUUUUUACGCCUUUUAUGCAGGCAGAUAGUUCAACUUCAAGGAAUUAUGGUGGAACUGGUAUUGGUUUAAGCAUCAGCAAAUGUUUGGCUGAACUUAUGGGCGGGCAAAUAAGUUUCAUCAGCCGUCCUUCCAUUGGGAGUACAUUUACAUUCUCAGCGGUUGUGAAGCGUGCAUCCAAAGAUACUUCAUGUGCUUCAGAGAGGAGCUUGUCCGAGGCACUACCAACUGCCUUUAGGGGAAUGAAGGCGAUUUUGGUAGACGGGAAACCUGUGCGUAGUGCUGUGACAAGAUAUCACCUUAACAGGCUGGGAAUAAUUGUUCAAGUUGUGAAUAAUAUGAGUAUGGGAAUUCAAGCCUUUGGGAAAAAUGGUGCAACAGAGUCAAGAGAAAAACCGUCGAUGCUUUUUAUUGAGAAUGACAUCUGGAGGCCCGAGACAGAUACUCAGUUACCGAGUCGUCUACGUACGCUCGGGAUGAAUGGUCAGGCGCAUGAGCUACCCAAGCUGAUCCUUUUGGUCACAUCUGAAGCUGACAAGGACAAGUACGGAUCCACGUUCAAUACUGUGAUGUGUAAACCCUUAAGAGCAAGCACAAUUGCUUCUUGUCUACAGCAGUUGCUAAAAGUAGAUAUACCUGCAAGGAAAGAAAAUCAAAAUAGGCCCUCAUUUCUUCGUAGCCUGCUGGUUGGGAAGAAUAUAUUGGUUGUAGAUGACAAUAAAGUAAAUCUACGGGUUGCUCAAGCCGCACUGAAGAAGUAUGGUGCCAAGGUUCAUUGUGUUGAAAGUGGCAAGGAUGCUAUCUCCCUACUUCAACCUCCACAUUGCUUCCAUGCAUGUUUUAUGGACGUUCAAAUGCCCGAGAUGGAUGGGUUCGAGGCUACUAGACAAAUACGAGAAAUGGAGAAGAAAGCGAACGAGGAAAAGAGAGAACAGUCGAGUUCAGGGGAAGGUUCGACAUUUGUUGAGUGGCAUUUGCCUGUUCUUGCAAUGACGGCUGACGUCAUUCAGGCGACCUACGAAGAGUGUAUGAAAUCGGGGAUGGAUGGCUAUGUGUCCAAACCGUUCGACGAGCAGCAGCUAUACCAAGCGGUCUCCAGAUUAGUGGUGGGAACAACUGAUUCGGCCUCAUGAUCUGAUCGGUCGAAGCCGGAUCCGACGCCUCGUUGGUUGAAGCGAAGCCAAAGCUGACUCUGACUCUUACAAACCUGACACGGAUAUCUCCGCAACACUUUGGAUGAAAAGACGAAGGCGCCUUGAGCUAGUGAACUUCGUUGCAGGCCGAGGUAAGGUAAACGACGGUGCGCGCCGCGGCGGGCAUGCAUUUCUGCUCCUGCUGCCCAGGGGGGGAAGAUGAAGAUGAAGGAGGUGGCUCGAGAUAUACUAGGUAGAUUAGGAUUUUUUGGUUUGCUGUUGGUGGUAGGCAGAUGUAUGUAUGAUGUUGUGUCUCCUGUCUGUUCAUUCUUUGAACAUAUAUAACAUCUCUGUGCUGUGAUGUGCUCACUCCCCUGAGCUCCGGAGUCCGCUGAGAAGAAAAUAUGUGGUGGGCUUUUGGGUUGUC